CUUUUCUGGGUGUUUAUGGUAGCAAGCCUGUUGAGUCGAUCCUCUCUAGGCGCUCGUACGCCUUGGUGCUCACCUUUUGCUGCUGCUGCUCGUCUCGCGUCCGCAGCCGGGUCACAGGUAGCUCCGUCUGUAGUUUGUCCUCGUUCUUCGCUUUGCCAUCGUAGAAGGCUGGCGGAACCUUCGCGCGGCGGCCGUGGGUUGAGAAAGAAGAGGAGAAAGCAACUAGAAAUCUGUAUAUGUUUAUUUAGUGAGCAGAUACCAGGCAACUGUGUGUGAACUCUUUGGAGCCUAAAAGAAGUUAUCUCCUUGCUUCUGUAACAUUCUUGAGAAGCAGUUUAAGAGCUAAAAAAUGAGCUGAGAAUCAUUUCAACAAAGUGGAUAUAAAUGAAUAGGAACAUUCUAAUGGAUGACAGGGAAUCUCCUACAAAAAACCUGCAGGUAAAUGUGCAAGACCUGAUUCAUGCCGACACUCAUGUGGAAAAGAUAAACACGUGCUUGGCUUCUUCACCAGAUGAAAAUGAGAACCCGCUUAAUGGCAGCAGGCACGAGGCCCUGAAAAGCAGAAACAAAGUGAUGGGAAUAAUUGAGCAAGACAGCAUUAAUAAUAAUGAAGGGGAGGACAGUGGUAUCUGUGCAUCCAAAUGUCAAGAAUCCUUAAGUGAUAAACUGCUUAGGAGUUCCAGUACAGAUGACAUCCUCAUUCCUGAAACUUGCAUCCUUGAAAACAGGAGUUCAAGAAAAACAAAAAACUGCAUCAAGAAAGUGGCAAAACAAAAGAUGACUGCUGUUGCAGCAGCAGAUUGCAUGCAGGAAGAGGAUGGAAACCAAACAAAUGCAGACUGUUCCCAAAAGGACCCACCACAAACUCUGCAGACCCUUUUCUCCCUUCUUCGAGAAGAAUUUGAGCAGAUGGAUUCAAGAGUGCUGCCCCUGUGUCUCCAUCAGAUUGCUGAAACCUAUUUUCAAGAUGGAGAAUAUGAGAAGGCCAUUAAGUUCAUUCAGCUUGAACAGUUAUAUCAUGAGCAACUACUUGCAAAUCUUUCCUCUAUUCAGCAGCAGUGGGAAAAAAUAUGGAAAGCAGCUGUGUCCAGUGAGGUUCCAGGUCUAAAAAAUUCUGCUAAGGGUCUGAAUAAUGAAGAGUUAGACAAACUUGUUGAACUUUGCACAUCGCAUCGAGAGCCUCUUGUCUCCCAAAGCAAGUUAAUAAGUGAAGAAAAGUCCCAGACUCACAAUAGUUUCACAGGUUUAAUGGGAUCUGAAGAAUUAAAGGAGAGAGGUGCUGCUGCAUUUGAUUCAGACACUGAAACUUGGGCUGGCAUUGGACUGGGGCCAGAGCAUCAUCAUCACACACACACAGAGAAGAGUGAGAGCUUCCAGCCUGAUAGCCGGCAUACACUUAGCAAGAGGGCAAGUCUUCAGCUGGCUGCAAGGAAGGACCACAUGGAGGAGGAGCGCUGCAGUGCUGAGUCAAGACGGGAGUUUCCCUCCCAGUCCCCAGGGGUGUUGGGCACGCUUUUCUCUGGCUGUUUGUCUUCUAAGGAAAGCACUGAAGAUAAUAGUCUGCAGCUGAGAGGAGAACAGUUCUCUGAGGAUGUAUCAAAAAUAGAAGCAGCUGCUCAGGAGCCUGCAGCAGAGUGCUGUAGUGAACCAAUGGUAGAUGCACUGGUUUUGGCAAAUGCUGAUUAUAUGCCUUGUGAUCUAAUUUCCACAGGUGACAAUGUUAAGUCUGACAGGAACGUACUCCAUUUGGAUCACUACAUUGGUUCUAGUGUAAUUUCCAGUGAGCAUCUGGGAAGCAGCAUAUUAAACCAGCAGCAGCAACAGCCUGUUUACAAAAAUGAUAGAAAAUCUGUGCCAGGCAGAACUUCAUCAGACAUUAGCAAAAAUGUGUACUUGGAAAGUAAUACACCUGAACAGGUCGCGACUGAAUAUGUCGAAGUAUAUGAAGGGAUACAGGAAUCAACAGAACUGGAAGAGGAGGGGGAAAGUGAAGGAUCAGAAGACUUUUUUCAACAGUUUUUAAAUGGUUGCAUAAAAGACAGAGAAGACUCUGUUAAAUACGUAGGAACUCAAGAGAACCCUGACACUCUUUCACAUAUACCAGCUGAACAAGCACUUUAUAGUUCAUUGGAAGGUUAUUCACUGGAAGAAAGCUUUUCUUCACUUGAUGAACUAGCAAAACGGAUCAAAAUUGCAGAGACUGCCCCUGCUGAGGGGCUUGUGUCCAUAUUAAAGAAGAGAGAUGACAGUGAAAGCAAAGCUCUUGAUCAAAUCCAACAGAGACAGUCAAAAAGAAGAGUGAGAUUCCAAGAGAUGGAGGACACAUUAGAUCAAGAGGAAGUUGGAGGUGGAUCCUGUGUUCUGCUGGUCUUGUUGUGCAUAGCAACUGUAUUUCUUAGUGUUGGAGGAACUGCCCUGUACUGCACAUUUGGUGAUACAGAAUCUCAAGUAUGUACUGAUUUUGCAGCCAAUAUGGACUUCUACUGUACCCAAAUAUUACAGGGUAUAGAAGAACUUAAGCACUGGAUAUCUUUCUCAUAAUACAAAUAAACACAAGCACCUUGCUGACUGCUAACUGACAAUUGCUGAAGAGGAGAAAAAAUACCUUCAAGGUUCUUAUAACAUGGCACCUUCAGAAGCAGCACAGCUAACAACACACAAAGCACCUAUGUUGCAAGUAGGAGCUACUUUCUGGCAAUCAGGAGUAUAUCAGCGGAGUUCACAUGAAAGCACGAAGUGGCAUAAGACUGAUAGAAUGUUCUAAUGUUCAUCUUUAGAGACCAUUUAAAUAGCCAUCAGUCCCUCGGUCUUAGGAAAUGAAGAAAGAAAAA